GUUAUUGCUAAAAGCCAUACUCGUAUUCGAAUCCCUUUCUCAUCUAACCUCCGCCCCGUCCCCAGUCUUCACAGCGGUUAGUAAGUCAGUUAACUCAGCUAGUUUUUUCUAGUGCGGGGUCAAUGGAUAGACGAAACGCUUCCAUACAACGAGCUGCUCAUUCGCUCAAGCAACUGUUACAGAGAGCUCGUCCCGGAUACUCGCGCAACUGCUAGCGCCGCUUGUUAGCCGCUCCAGCAAUCUUUGUUUCGCGAUAGCAAAUCGAGCGAUGGCCGACAGUUGUCUUAUAACCGUGACGGCACGGAAAUGAAUACCAGUACGGCGCAGUUAAUCUCAGCCUGGCUAACAGGUAACAGCAAGUCGCACGACUGAGGAUCACUCACUCGUAAGCCAGUCGCAAAAAACAGACAAACAGACCGCCAGAGUUAAGAAAGAGGGUAAGUGAAUCAGCGACAAACAAGGAGAAGGAAGCAAGCCAACAUCGUCGCUCGUGAUGGCUAUUGCAGCCGUCUGACGGACGAAGGCAAACGGUACGCUCAAGAUCGCUGCAGCAAGCGAGAAUAGCGCAAUAGUAACGUCUGUGGCUAUCAAACGUUGCCACGGUCGUUACCACUAUGGCCGUCAAUGGCAACAGCGCUGAGACUCCACUACGUUGAACACUGGUGAAAUCUUAGCUAAUUUGUAUUGACCGACUGAUUUGUUACUGGAAUCAGUGGUCAACGGACCCACAACCAAGCUGCUACUCGGACUGGGAAAACAUUUUAGCUUUUGGUGUUGAUAUAAUCUUGAAGCGCUUAAACCCCGCCCCGCUUCCCCCUAUCGGGGUUUGAGGACUUUUGAUGGCUGUUAACAUGUUACUGCUUGGUAGUGCAAUGAUUAGUGGUCAGGUGUAGUGGACGAAAUGGGCGGUAAAAAGACAGAAGUAGUGCUUUGUUUAGAACUAUGUUCGAGGCGAUACAGCAAUUGAGUAGUGAUCAAAGAUACUAUCGAUUGCUUCAGGAAAAUCAAGAGUGUGUUGAUUAGGUCAUCUAACUUUGUCUCUCACUUUUGUAAACAGAACGAUACUGACCAUACUACUUUAGUCGAAGAACAAUAAAUCUUGGUGGGAGUGCCUUUCGUAACUAUUCGUGUCUUCAGUAAUACUUACUUGAAAAGAGACAAUCCACGAAAAAGGAAGGAUGUCGGCGAGCUCGUCUGGAAACGUUCGUUUGCCACGACGGCUUCCACUUUUGAUAGUAGAUACUGUUCUUUUUCCAGGAACAUCAAUUCGAGUGCCUGUCAGCUCAUCGAAAAGUAUUUCAAUGAUAAAAAACCACUUGCUAAAUCAACACACUAUCGGCGGAGCCUUCGUCGGCGUCGUCCCUAGGGAACACCCUAAACGAGAGUCUGGGCAAUCAGGAGUUCUUCAUCAUGUGGGCACUGCCGGAAUGGUCAUCCAAGUAACUGGCAGCAGUUGGCCGAGGUCGACGUAUACGUUACUAAUCAACGGAGUUUGCAGGUUUAGUUUGGACGAGAUUGUUCAUGAAUCGCCCUAUUUGAUUGGGUCGGUGACUCAACUUGAUCGCUUGCCAGGAGACGUGUACUCCGUCACGUCACUAAACCUCGAAGACCCCCAGGAUUUCGAGCUCUCCGAACUUCUUAGACAGAUUCGAUCAAUGGCUGGCACACUUGUCGAACGGCUUGACCUCAGCCCAGGAUCUGCACAGAGGUAUAAGCGUCUCUUAAAUGCCCUACCAUCGUACGCCCUGCCAGACAUCAGUACUUCAAUCGUGGCUGCAAGCCAUGAAGAACGUCUUGCAGUGCUUGAUGCGGUUGUCCUUUCUGAGCGAAUUAAAAAGGCUUUGCCUUUGUUACGCCGACAAAUUCACGCCCUUGAGGACAAAGGCGGAGGCAAAACGAAUGGUAAAUAUAAGGACGGACUCCUUGUUGUUGGAUUCGGCAAGGACAUGGGUCGUGUAAACGGGCUUGAAAUGCAAGAUGAUGACGACAUGGACGAUGUAGACGACAUGGCAACACUUGAGAAGAAACUUCGCGCCGUCGAGCUGCCCGAACAUGCGCGAAAGGCCGCGGUAAAGGAACUAGCCCGCCUCAAAAAGAUGCCACCACAUAUGCCCGAGCAUGCAAUGACUCGCAACUAUCUUGAGCUGCUUGCCGAUCUUCCAUGGAAUCUGCGAAGCAGCGAACAAAUCGAUCUUCAGAAGAGCAAGGCCGAUCUUGACAACGAUCACUAUGGUAUGGAGAAGUUGAAGAAGCGCGUUCUCGAGUAUCUCGCAGUGAGGAAGCUCAAUAGCCGGAUCAAAGGACCUAUCUUAUGUUUUGUUGGACCGCCAGGAGUUGGUAAGACUAGCGUCGGGAGAUCUAUAGCUAAAAGUCUUGGCCGAGAAUUCUACCGUAUAUCGCUUGGAGGAGUGUCUGAUCAAGCUGAUAUUCGAGGACAUCGAAGGACGUACAUCGGAUCUAUGCCCGGACGAAUCAUGCAAGGUUUGAAAACCGUCGGCGUAAAGAAUCCUGUGUUUCUGCUUGAUGAAAUUGACAAGAUGACUCCAGGUAUCCAUGGUGAUCCAGCUGCCGCCUUGCUCGAGGUGCUUGAUCCAGAGCAGAAUGGUUCUUUCACGGAUCAUUACAUGAAUAUCCCGUUUGACCUUAGUGAAGUAUUGUUUAUUGCCACAGCUAAUACGACGUCCACCAUACCUCCAGCUUUACUCGAUCGUAUGGAGCUAAUCAACGUGCCUGGGUACACGCAUGAUGAGAAAGAACACAUAGCUAGGGAACAUCUUCUACCUAAACAGCUCCAGCAGCACGGUAUACUGCCUUCAAUGAUGCAACUUACAAAAGAUGCCAUGCGAAAGAUUAUCACGAGUUAUACGCGUGAAGCGGGGGUGCGUACUCUGGAACGACGUCUAGGCGCCGUUUGCCGUGCUGCGGCCGUUAAAAUAGUCGAAUCAGACCACGACGAGGUGCAGCAGGUUCAUAUCGAUAUUGAUGAGGAACAGCUUGAAGAUAUCCUCGGACCGCCCCUUUUUGAUAUGGACAUCGACUCAAGGUUGAUCCAGCCUGGCGUGGCGAUCGGUUUAGCCUGGACUGCCGCCGGAGGAGAAGUAAUGUUUGUUGAGGCAUCAAAAAUGGGUGGCACAGGCCAACUCACAUUGACAGGUCAACUUGGCGACGUGAUGAAGGAAUCAGCCACGCUGGCUCUCAAUUGGACGCGUAUUCACUCAUCACGAUUCGGUCUCACUCAGCCUGAUAUUAUGGACGGAACCGAUAUUCAUGUUCAUUUUCCUGCAGGAGCAGUAGAAAAAGAUGGCCCUUCGGCUGGGGUCACCAUCGUUUGCGUAUUGGUGUCGCUGUUCACACAACGAGUGGUUGCCUCCGAUGUAGCAAUGACGGGUGAGAUUACGCUCCAAGGUUUGGUGCUACCCGUGGGUGGAGUCAAAGAGAAGGUCCUGGCCGCACAUCGUUCAGGUCUUGGCAGAGUGAUCCUUCCGACGCGAAAUCGACGUGACCUGUCUGAAAUCCCGCAAAACGUCAGGGAAAAAAUGACGUUUCAUCUCGCUUCAACAGUUGAAGACGUACUCCAGGAAGCGUUCUUUGGCGGGUUCCCGCAAUUACGACCUCCAAUUUCACCCGGAACCAACCAGCAACCGGCGUUUCAGAGUAAGUUAUAGACACCCCCUAGUUUACGGGGGCCGGAAAGGCCUUUCCAUAAGGGCAUGCGCACCCGUCAUAGAGAUGCCCUUCAUGGUUGAUUAACUCAUAUUUCGACUGAUAUACUCAACCAUUCAGCGUGAACACAUGUGCUAGCGAUAACAGGAACAUACUCGUAGGUAGUUUCUAAAUUCAAGUUUAUACAACUUUCAAUAACCCCACAACAUAAAACACUUCCACUAAUUAAAUAACAGAUGUUAUCUACCAGUUGAAUUGUGUCUUUCUGUGAGUAUAUGAACAGAUGUAACGAUUCAGAUUUCUAUCAAGCGUCUAUUUACUUUGAUUUGUAAAAAAGUGGCUUCUUUUGAAACGCUCUUAAAAACUGCUCUGUGGAGUGAAAACCAGCGUUGUGAUGUACCUGUUUGGUCAUAUGUGGAACACAUGGGAAAACCUCGUUGAAGCUCCGUCGCGACUUUUGUAUGUACGUACAUUGAUGUGCAGUUGAGUACAGCGCGUUUUGUUUUGUUUUUAAUCUUGCUGCAGUUCUCUUGUUGUUUGCAUAUAACGUUUUUUCAUAUACGCGUAAACUUUGACGUUUCGUACAACUGCAUGUGAUCACUAGAACUUCAUCUUAUUGUUAAAGAAACAUUACGUUUUUAAACGUUUUUUUUUCUCCUUAGAGCUAAACCACUGCAGUUAUCACUGUUUUUUUUCAUUCUCAUUUUGAAAUUUAGGUUCUGUUUUUAUCUAUAAAAACAAACGAUUCUGUUUCAAGUUUGCAUAACAUUUGCAUACUUUUCUAAGAAAGGGAGAGAUGGCACACGAUACAUUAACGGACAAAGAUUUACACAGAUUAUCAAAAUGCCAUUCUUAUUGAUAACGAAGCAUAUUGUGAUAUGAAAAGGCUCAGUCUUGAAUAAAAUUAUACACUCAUCUGUAGCA